AUGACAGAUCAAGUUUCAACUAAUCUCACUACACCGACAACUACCGUCACUCCUGGGAGAAGUAAAUCGCAGAAUAGAAAGAGUUUACUGGAUAGACAAAAGAGAAACUCAGAUGUUCGUAUCGCUGCUCAAUCCUUAGAUUUACAAGUUCAAAAUGUUAAAAAAUUGAAAAGACAAUCUAUCGGUUCUAUUGAUCUUCUAGCAGAUCCAGAUUUGGAAUUAGUGGUCAAUCAAUCAGCAAAUUCUUAUUCAAGCAAUAACAAUAUGAUGUUAUCGGAUUAUGAUUCUUAUUAUAGUACUAAUAAUUAUAAUAGUGGGUAUGAUGAUUCAUAUUCUGAUUUCGAUAGUAGUCUCUAUUAUGAUAAUGCUACAGAUAUCGAUGAAUCCAUAGAUAACGAUUCAGUUCGAUUAUCCAGAUAUGUGACUUCUCAAACUAACAUUGCCAGAGACUCAAUGUUAUCCAAUUCAAAUAUGGACAUUCAAUUCAUGAAUACUAAUACUACUAAUAAUAAUAACAAUAACAAUAACAAUAACAAUAACAAUAACAAUAACAAUAAUAUUAAUGCUGCAGGAUAUAUUAAUAAUAGUAACAGUAAUACAAGUAAUAGUGAUAUGAUUAUGUCAUCUCCAGAUGAUAGUUUUGAGUCUUCAAAGUCUGUCUUAGUAUCCAAUAUGUUCAAUCAAACAUCUCCAUUAGCAGACAGAAAUCUAAACUAUAGUGUUAUAAAUAACAAUUACAAUAAUUCCACCAGCACUAGUACUAAUGUCUCUCCAUCUCAUAAUAAUUUUCUAAACAUUACAAGAUCAAUAUCAAGGAAUUCACCCUCAAAAUCAAGAAGCCCAACUUUAAGCCCUAUAAAAAAUUCUCCAUCAGCAACACCAAUCCGUAGGGGAUUAAGUGGUGUUCCAUCGACAAGAAUCUUAGUUGAUCAAACACCAACAAAUGAAACAAUACUACCUGAAUCACCAAGUGAAAACUUAUCAAAUACCAAUACUACAGCCUCAAAUUAUACAAUAGCCAAUAGCUUAUCAAAUAAUACGUCACCAAUUAAGAAAGUUAGCCGUAAUUCUAUCAACAUUAAUAACAAUGAUAAAAAUCUUUUGUCAUGGAGUUCAGUAAAUAAACGUUCAUCAUUAAAACCUGAUAAUUAUAUUGAAUUAGUUAAUGACGCAAUUAAUAGUAGUAAUAAUGUUUCAGUUACCACAAAUUCUACCCCUACUGCCAAUAAAAUUGAACAAGGUGACUCUUAUUAUGACAAUAUACCAGAUUCUAGAAAAGUUAAAUAUAGAAGAAACUCGAAUGUACGAAGACCUUCUUCUUUAAGAAAUUCUUAUACUGAUCUCGAUUUUAAUUUAGCAGAUUAUGAAGAUAAUUUAAAUAUUUCUAAUGUUUCAAAUUCCAUUGAUGAAGUAUCUAAUAAUGAUCAUCAACUAACGCCAGAUGAUUCAUUCAAUUUUGAUGCAAAUGUAACAAAUAAUUCUGUUGCCAGUAAUUUAACUUUAAAAGAUUUAACUGAUGAAUUGACAAAACUUUCAAAUAAUGCCGGUUUAACAGAUUCUGAUGCUAUCACAUUAGCUAAAACAUUAAGUUUAAACGAAAGAUUAUUAGAUAAUACCACUACUGUGAAUUCAAAUACUAAUGUAAAAAGAUAUAAAUCCAAUAAAAUAAAUCUCUUCAAUGAAGAUAAUAUUAAUAAUAUUCCAAAUAACAUGAACCAAGAUGAAGAGAUUGUAGAGGAUGACAAAGAAUAUGCAUCUAAUUUAAAUUAUGACGAUAAUAUUAAUAUAUCAAACAGAUCCACUUUAAAAAGAAAUAAGUUUAAAUCUGCUACCAGUAGAGGUAAUAGUAGUGAGGAAUCCAAUUUACAACUUGAUCUUGAAACUAUUAAGAGAGACCCAUCUAAUAAUAUGCCGAAUAUUAUCAUAUCGAAAUCAACAAUAGAUGUUAAUGAUUCUAUUGAUAAUGCAGAGUCUAAUAAUAAAAAAUUUUUAGAUAGUAAUGAAAUGCUUAAUAAUCAAUUAAAUGUAUCACCUUCAGCUAGUGAGAUCUACGAUCAUUAUCGCCAAACUAGUGGUGAUUGGACAGAUGAUUUGAACAAAGCAAGAGAACAAUUCCAAGUGGAUCCCAAUGGGGGAAACGUUAGAGUAUCAUCAAGAAAUCAAAGUAGUAGCAAUAAUAAUACUGAAAGCACUAUUGAUUCUUUUCAUACAAGAUUAGAUGAAGAAACAGACACAUCGAUUUCACAUGAUAGUAGUGUUUUAUCUACUGAUACUUCUUCUGAUAGUGUCUUCACGAGAUCAGGUCAUUCUAAAUUUAUUUUAAAGGAAAAAUUACCAUUUAUUGACUCACAACUUAAUAAUAAUAACAACAAUAAUAACCAUAUUUUAGGUUCCAGAGAUGAUUGGUCUGAAAAAUCUAAUGCUCAUAAAUUAGCAAGUAGGAAAACUUCUAAUUCUAAGAAGACUCCUGAACCAAAUUCUGGUUCUAUCUUAAAUAAAGAAGACAAAUUAUUAGUUAAGAAACGGAACGAUUUCCAACCUAUUUCAGUGAAUCAAACUAAUCCAAUACGACACUCUACAAUCUCUCUUCCUAUCAGUGAAUAUAGCCACAAACAAGAGAAGAAGACUCCAUCUAAGAGUAGAAACGCUAAACCCAAGACAGUUCGAGCCAGUUCAGAUAUAUCUUCCAUCAAACCUGUUCCUGAAGUUAAACAUGAAUUAAAGAAACGUUCUUCUAUUGAAAAUUUUAUGAAAAAAUUAACAUCAUCUAAUUCAUCAUCAUCAUCAUCUUUAUCACCUAGUCCAAGUCGUAGUACAAGUAAUGGUACAACUUCUACUUCAAAUAACAAUGGGAAUAAUAAAAACACAUUUGCUGAUAAAGUUAGUAAUUUUUUUAAAAGAAGAUCCAAUAGCUCAUCAUCUACAUCUAAAUCCUCUAAGAAAUCUACAAAUGAUUCUCAUGAUAAACAAAGAUCAAGUUCUGCUUCUACUGUAGGGAAAGCCUCAUCAUCUAAAAAUAAUUUUGGAUCAGCUCCUUCUUUCAAUAAUAAUUCUACGGGAUCAUUAAAGAAUAAAGUAUCUACAUCUAGUUUGAGUGAUUUAUUUUCCAAGAAUAAAAAGACAUCUAACAGUUCAAAAGUAAUUGGUAAAAACUCUAGUUUAAGUUUAAAUGAGACUCAUCAAAUGAAAAAUAAAUCUUCACUUGAUAAAUUGAGAGAUACAUUUUUAACUAAAGAAGGUGCUAAAAGAGAAACUUCCAAUUCUAUACUAUCUGAAAGUUCCAAAACAUUUUCUGAUAGUAAUGAAACUUCUAGUACAAUAAAUUCUUCAAUCUCUAAUGGUGUUGCUAAUGGAUCCGAUACUGAUAUGAAUACCGCAGUGAAUAUGUUGAGUAAACCAAUUGAAAUCACGGAGAUCUCUGAAGACGAAGGUGACCAAGAUUUAGAAGGUGAUGGUGAAGUCGAAGGUGUAGGGGAAGAAGGUGAUGAUAUCUUGGAUCCAGAAGAAUUACAUGAGGAAGAGAAUGAUUUAGAUAUCCAUAUUGCUAUUGAAAAUGAUACAGAAAAUGUGGGAAGAUCCAACCAAAUGGAUAUAGAAGGUGAUUGUGAAGAUAUCAAUGAAAAUUUGGAUGAUAUCAAUUAUAAAGCUCAAUUAACAAUGAACAAUUUAAUCUUGAAUGGGUUGGAGAGUAACAUUCAUAACGAGAAAAUUGUUAUUCCAGAGUUUGAAAAUAUGAAUGAUUAUAGCAAAGAAUUUAAACCAGAUGAUUUCUUAGGUUCUACCUCGAUGACUACCACAAGAACCAGUAGUCAAAGUAGCAAUACAACUAUUAAUGGAGGGUUACAACCUGCAGUCACGGUGGUUCGUCAUGGAGAAUUGAAUAGUGAUAGCGAUAGUAGUACUACUAUGGAUGGAUUUUAUCACACUUUUAACGUGGGGGAAGACACUGAAGAUCAUGGUGAAAAUAAUUUAACAUUGGAUGAUUUGGAAAUGUCUAUACAAUCUAAUGAGAUGAUUCGUUCUAAUGAAACUAUCCGUUCACAUGACAUGAUGAAUUCUAAUGAAUUAAUGAAUUCGAAUGAGAUGAGUGUGAAUAUGAUGACUGGUAAUAAUCAUAGCGAAAUAGUAGAUGAAAGUGGUAAUCCAGGAGAAACUUUGGAUGAUAAAUAUCAUAUCAAAGUCAAUGCGAACGAGUUAGGCAAUACAAGUAUCAGUGAAGAAGAUUUAUCCAAUGACACCUCUAUAGAGAGUGCUGAAGGGACAGAGAGAGAACCUGAAGUAAAUUACAAAUUAACUUUUGCAGAUGUCAAGAGAAAUUUGCAACCUAAUAGUAGUAUGAUCUUUCAAGAGAGUGCAUUUGGGUUCCCCUUACCACCAUUGACCAAUUCCACCAUUAUCAUGAUUGAUAAUCGAUUACCCAUCAAUGUGGAAAGAGCCAUUUAUCGAUUGAGUCAUUUGAAAUUGAGUGAUCCCAAGAGAGAAUUAAGAGAACAAGUCUUGUUGAGUAAUUUCAUGUAUUCAUAUUUACAUCUAGUGAACCAUACAUUAUAUUUAGAACAAGUUACACAAGGCAAUGGUGAUGGAGAAGAGACCACUGGCGACGACUUUGAAGAAGAAGAAGAAGAAGAAGAAGAAGAAGAAGGAAGAGAAGACGAAGAUGACGAUGAAGAGAGUGAUUAUGAAAAUGAGAGCUACGGAGGAUACAAGCGAGAGACUGAACAUGAAGAGCUGGGUAAUGCCCAACUACACUAUGGAGACGACCGAGAAGAAGAAGAAGAACUGAUGAUCAUCAAUCAAGAUGACACAGGAAUGUUCGGAACGACUCGGAGAUCGUAUGGGAACUCCGAACUUAGCAUCAACAGUGAUGAUGAAGAAUUGGCCAUAGACAUUGAGACUGAAAUGUCCAACGACACCAGACCGUUGGGCGACAUCACCAAUAAUCCAGACCAUCGAAGUGUCAAAAGACAAGACCGCAUGAAGCCUCUGCCCAAGGACUCUGGAGGUGACGAAUACGUCCUACUAUCAGAGAUAUCCACCCAGGGCUACUGA